UGUCACAUCAUACGCGACUGGUUUCGUCGCGCAUGCACAGCAUAGAACACUUCCUAGUGAUCUAUAAGUCUGUGAUUUUCUCAGACACGAUUUGUUAAAAUAGUGAUGUUAUAUUAUUAUUCAAGUUUUCUGGAAAUUAUAUAGUUAAAGUGACAAAAGAAAAGUGACAAAUAUGCCUACGUAUGAAAUGCCGUUGUUGCUACGUAUCAUGAAAAAGCCGGAAUUGGUAGCUACCUUAAAAAGAACAGCUGAAACGAUAUUUAGUACUGGUGGUUUUAUCAGAAAAAUUGAAAAUUGUGGAAUACUACCACUUCCGUGCAAAACCAACGCACAUGGACAUGUUCAUCGUGAAGCAAAUCACUUCUUUAUAUAUUUUGAUGCACCGCCAAAAGAGAUAGAAAACAUCACAGAUAAAUGCAAUAGAGAUAUUGAUAUCGUUAGAACAAAAAUAUACAAACAAAAUGAACCGAUUAAAGUGGAAUGUACAUUUCAUGAAGAAAUGUUACCACCACCUUACAGACCUAGCGUUCAGAAACUGAUGGAGAUAUCAGAGAAACAGAAAAAUAAGAAACGUAAUAGACGCGAAUUUAAAUACAACACUGGAUUGGAUUACUAUCCUUUUAAUAAAUAAAUGAUUAUAUAUAUAUA